CGGUUUCAUACAAUUCUUCAUCUAUUAUCUCUAGCUUUUUACAGAGAGACAAACCAAGAAAGAAGACGGUGGUGGUCACCGUCGAUGGAUGGAAUGUUUGGUUUCCAUCCAACAUGUGACUACUCAGAUAAAGCGGUGGUGAUGAUGUCACCGGACAAUCUGAUGUUUCCUUCCGACUACCAAACCUUGCUUUGCUCCUCCGCCGGAGAAAAUCGUGUCUCCCAUGUUUUCGGUUCGGACGAGUUACUCUCAGUAGCAGCCUCCGCUAUGUCCUCAGAAGCUGCUUCGAUGGCUCCUGAGAUCCGAAGAAACGAUGGUAACGUAUCGCUUGGUGUCAUUAAGGCGAAAAUAGCUUGUCAUCCUGCGUAUCCACGGUUACUACAGGCUUACAUGGAUUGUCAGAAGGUCGGAGCACCACCGGAGAUAGCGUAUCUACUAGAGGAGAUUCAACGGGAGAGCCAUGUGUAUAAGCAAGGCGUUGGUCCAUCAUCAUCUUACUUCGGAGCUGAUCCGGAGCUUGAUGAAUUCAUGGAAACCUAUUGUGAAAUAUUGGUAAAGUAUAAGUCGGACCUCGAGAGGCCGUUUGAUGAGGCCACGAGCUUCUUGAACAAAAUUGAGAUGCAGCUACGGAACCUAUGCACUGGCGUGGAGUCUGCCAGGGGACUUUCGGAGGAACGUGCAGUUUCAUCUGACGAGGAACUAAGUGGAGGCGAUGAGAUAUCACAGGAUGGGAAACAAAUAUGUGAAGACCGUGAUCUCAAGGACAGGUUGCUUCGCAAAUUCGGAAGCGGUAUAAGUUCUUUAAAGCUGGAGUUUUCAAAAAAGAAGAAGAAAGGAAAACUACCAAGAGAAGCAAGACAAGCGCUACUUGAUUGGUGGAGUGUUCACUAUAAAUGGCCUUACCCUACUGAAGGUGAUAAGAUAGCUUUAGCUGAUGCAACGGGGUUAGACCAGAAACAGAUCAACAAUUGGUUUAUAAACCAAAGAAAACGUCACUGGAAUCAGGCAGAGAAUAUGCCUUUUGCAUGAUGGACGAUCAUGUUAUUUAACGUUGAAGUAAAAGAAAAGAAACGGGGGUGUAUUGACAUGUUUUCCUUAGUAUAAAUUCUGCUUUGAUUUGCCGACAAAAGAAGAAGGAAAAAAGUGGAAAAAGAGCAAUGAAGGAUGGAUACAUGAAUGAAUAUUUACUCAAGUCACAUGUAGGAAAGAACCAAGGGACAAGUCUACGUCAAAUGCUUUGUAACUAUUGUUAUCGGUGAAUAUGCCUUCUAUAAUAAGUGACUUAUUUGGUCUCUUCUAAAGGUUUGUCCUAUCUUGAUUUAAAAGUUUUAUUAUUUUCACUUUUUUUCAGAAUCGACAAUCUUAUAUAUUAAAACAGAAGUCAUAACUUGACUUCAUGUAUGAUUUUUUAAGUUUUAGACCUUCUACUAAAAAUUGA